GUCCUCUUCUCUCUCUUACUUCCUGCGAGAGAGGAAAGGCUUGGAGAGUGCACCUCCAAAGCCUGCCCACGAGCUUUUCAACUUUGACACUCUUCGGUCUUUAUCAUUGACGAAAGUGCAGCAUGACCAUGGCUUUGACACCGGCAACCGCUCGCGAUGCGCCUCAACCUCAAUCCCCAAUCUCCACUACCGCCCACGCCGUGCGGCGGCUCAUCUGGUGGCGGCGCACAGAAGAGCCUGGCCUCUGGGAUGCACAAGAAAGAGCCCGGAGGGUGUCAUACCCUCCUCACAGCAACUAUGACGAGAUGGCGAUGCGAUGGGCCGUAAUGCAGAGGAGGACCGCUGGCGGGAGAAUGGCGCGAGCCCCCAAGCCUCCGCAUGGCCUGCCGGUCGAGCAAAUUGCACAACUCCCAUUGAUCAGCUUCCACCAGGAGGACUAUCGCAAUGUCGAUCACCAGCGCCAGGGCGAUGAUUCCCUCCAAGCGCAAUCACUACAGCAGCUCGAUACCAUACGUGACUCGACAGACCAGGACAGCAGCGGUUCACAUACGGUCCUGUCACAAGCACUCCCGACAUUCUCGAAGUCGCGACAAACAUCAUCUUCAGAAACUGCAAUAAAAGCGUCCGACUCUGGCCAGGUUGUUCGAAUCAAAGAAGCCGUCUCGUGCCAAAGCAACAGUUCUUGCUCAAUAUGUACCGAGGACCUGAUCGAGGGCGAACACGUGCGAAGACUGCCCUGCACGCACAUAUUCCACCCUCCGUGUAUAGACCACUGGCUACGCGAGAGGGCACCGACUUGUCCGCUAUGUCGUCUCGACCUCGAGGCAUUCCUCGUCCACGCAGAUAAUCUUGUUGAUGAAUAAGCCCGGUAGAAGCUAUGGGUAGUUACGCUCAGUUGUACAGCGCAAAUAGCAGCGUAUUGGUUACGUGGGACGCGAGCUGAAUCGUCUACCACGUCUUAUAUUCGGGCAUUUAUACGAAGAAUGCAACAUCAGAAGACUUGGCAGCUUAUAUUGCCAAAGAAUGUAGAUGAACAAAGAUUCACCUAUAAGUAAA